AUGGAAUCAAUAUCUGAGUCAGACUCUGAGUCGGGGCCAGAUAUCGCCAAAAUAGUCGGACCUGUUGUUCCCUCGGUCGUGCUGUUAAUAUUACUAAGCUUUCUUGGCCUCCCACGCAGAGCCGCCAUAGGUCCUGCAGCCAAUGAAGAAGAACCGAAGGAAAACAAGCCACAGCUACACUCUGGUUGCAUUACACGCCCGAGGUUCGAACUGGAAGGGUCUACACUUAUGGUACCUAAUGGCACUAGCCAUAAGAAGGACAAAGCAGAAAUGUCUGCAAACGAACCAGAAGCACACGAGAUGUCAACAGAUAAGAAGAUCUUGAGAAAGCCGGUUAGUACCCAGAACACUAGUGGUACAUGGCUGUCAAAGGAUCGGCAAGAUAGCAAUAGCUUGGAUGAGUAA